AUGAUUGAAGCUUUGGAUUUAGAUAAAGCAGAAAAAACUCAAGGUAUAGAUGAUUAAAGCUAACUCUAAUAAGGUAUUUGUUUUAUUAUUUUCAAUUAGGAUUAUUAUUACUUAAUUAGUAGAAAUGGUAGUAGGCUAAUGAACUAUUAAUUAAAAAUAUAAAAGACUUGGAAAAAUAAUUAUCAUUUGCAACACUCUUUUAAAGUACUUAUUAAUGAAAUAAUUUAGGUAUUUCUUUAUAAUUAGAUUAUUAAAAUAAAAGGGUUUUAUGGAUUUUUCUUAAGUUCUUAAUCUGAAUAAUCCAAUAAAUCUUUAUACAAGCUACUAUUAAUCUUUUUUGCCUAAUCUCUCGUAAUCAUUCCUUUUGCUGGUUAAUUUAUUUCUAUUAUAAUCAAAUUGAAUUUUAAAUAGUUAAUUAUAUCAAAUAUAUUCAAUAGGUUAUGCUUUAAAUGAUGAUAGCAAAUUUAACUUAGCAGUUGAAUAAUGUGACAAGGUUUUGAAUGCGGAUCCCUAAAAUCUUCAUGCUUUAUAUAGAAAAGGUAUUCAUUUAAUGUCAAAGUAGGGUUAUCUUUAAUUAACUGGAAAGAGUAUGAAUAGGCUAUUUCAUGUAUUGAAAAAGCUCUUAAAAGCAAUCCAAACUAUAGUAUAUGUUAUUUUAUUAAAGGUAUUUGCAUUAUUUUUAUUGUAAUAGGUAAUUCUUUACAUAAUCUUAAUAAAUAUGAAGAUGCAAUAAGUUGCUACGAUAAAGCAAUCUAGAUAGAUCCGAAUUAUGCAUAAGCCUAUAUAAAUAAGGGUUUUUAUUGUUUUUAUUGUAAUAGGUAUUUCUUUAAGAAUAUUGAAUAAACACCAAUUAGCUAUAGCAAAUUAUGAGUUAGCAAUUAAAUAUUGUAAAACUGAUGAGGAUGAAUUUAAAAGAAGAAUUUAGGAAAUUAAAAAUCAAAAAUGA